AUGUCCAAGAAGAUCCUCGUCGUCUUUACCUCGCACACCCAGCUCAUCGGCUCGGACCACCCCACGGGCUACUACCUGCCCGAGAUCGCCCACCCGUAUUACCUCCUCAAGCAAGCCGGCUACUCGCUCGUCGCCGCCUCGCCCAAGGGUGGCAAAGCUCCCCUCGACCAGUCUUCGGUGGAAGCCUUCAAGAACGACGAGGACAGCGUCAAGUUCCUCAAUGACUCGGAGGCGCAGGAGUGGGUGUCCAACACCAAGCCUCUCUCCGAGUUCUCCCCUUCUUCGGCGGUAGCGGAGUUCGACGCCAUCUACUACCCAGGUGGACACGGGCCUUGCUUCGACCUCCCCGUCGACAAGACUUCCCAGGAGCUCAUCAAGAGUUUCUAUGAGGCUGGCAAGCCCACCGCCGCUGUGUGCCACGCCCCCGCCGUGUUCACCGAGGUCAAGCUCUCGGAUGGCAGCUACCUCGUCAAGGGCAAGAGCGUCACCUCCUUCACCAACGAGGAAGAGGAACAGGCGGGCUUGACCAAAGCGAUUCCCUGGCUCGUCGAGACCAGACUCAUCGAGCGCGGUGCCAAGUUCGACAAGACCCAGCCCUGGGGCGAGAAGGUCAUCGUCGACAAGACCGACGGCAAAGUGCUCAUCUCGGGCCAGAACCCGGCCAGCGCCGCUGGCGUGGGUAAGGAGAUCAUCGCCGCUCUCAAGGCAUAA